AUGUCGAUGUUCGCGCGCGCGACGCAGCGUGCGAGCUCGCGCACCGCGUGCGCCGAGCUUCUGAAGCUCGCGCGCGCCUCGGCGCUCGGCGUCGACGGCGUCGCCGCCAGCGCCGUCGGCCGAGUGGUCUUGAACCGUGGGCGCACCAGGUCUUAUUCCACGAGCGCGAACCCCGCCGCCGACGUCGCGACGGCGCGCGCGACGGCGAUCGCGGGCGGCGACCGCUUCCGCGCGACGCCGACGCCGCGCGUUCGCGCGAGCGCGCAAAUCUCCCACGCCGCGGGGCGGCUCGCGAUCGCUCGCUCGGUCUCGACGUUCGUCUUCUCCGAGUUUUCUCAGGUGCGUUCUAUACACUGGUCCCCAUACGACCUCGUUGGCGUGGUGAACGCCGUUCCUUAA